AUGAGACUCAUCACACACAACAUGUUACAAUGCCACGUCAAGAACUGCAACAAUAAUAACUUUCCUCUUCGUUUUGAAGAUGUCCAAGUUGAGUUGAUUGAGGCUGAUUUUAAUCCUGAAUUUAUUUCCAACAUGUUGAACAAACUCGAAUGGGAAGCAUUGUGUUCUACUGCUGUUCAGCUUGGCAUUAAUACCCUUCCUGCUCAAAUGCCUGAAGAUGCUAGUGAAAAUGAAGAGUUUUUGAAACUUGUUCACAGUGUUAUUUUAGAAACUCAUGUUCAACAAGGUCAAAUGGUUUGUCCCAAUUGUAGCCAUGUGUACAAGAUUAGAAAUGGCAUUCCUAACAUGUUAUUAGCCGAACACGAAAUCUAA